AUGGCCAACACAUCCGCCGCUGCCUCCAAUGAGCUGCGCCGCACCCAGCAGUACCUUGUGGAAGUGAUUGACGAGUGCGUCUUCGUUGAGCGCCAACGCGAGCUGACAGAGCGUCGGCUUUCCUCUCAACUAGAGGCGCAAAAAACUCUCGUUAACGACCUAUUCGUGGCGCUCCACGAUGUGUGCCGAUACACGUCCACCAUGGAGGACGCCAUCUUACCCACGCUGCUGCACACUUUACCGGCCUCAUCGCCUGCGCACCAGCAACUUCUUAAGUUCCGCAGCAGCGUUCGUGACGCGCUCAUACGCCUUUGGAAAGGCCGUGGCGGCCACCGAGAAGACAGCGUGCUCCUCCCCGCCACACCGCGAACGUAUAGCGGCUCGAGAGCGGCGGACGUCCCCAUCAUAUCACCCGACCACGUAACCGAGGCUGGUGCACAGGUGAUGCAGCGACUCGUCGAGCACGAGGCUCGCCUGUUGGACGCCCUGGCCAAAGCCACGGCCAGGAUCGAGGCGACGCGCGCGGCUGCCACGGCAGAAAACGGCGAGUUAGAGGCACUUCGUGCGCGCAUGAACGAGCUUACCCGGGUCGUCAACAGCGGCAAUUCAGGGUGGUUGCAAGCCUCACCGGAAGCCUCUGCUGCGCAGGCGCUAGAGGACGUGUCGCCAGCCACUGCACGAUUUGCAGAAGCACGUGUACUGGCGUACGAAAAAACAGCGCAAGCACUGAACAACGAGCUUGCUCUACUGCAUGAAAACUAUGCAGCGCUCUCGCGCGCCAGAACCCGAGAGGUGGAGAUGCUGAAGCAACACAUGAGGGACAACCAACGCAAGCACGAGGACCAGAUUGCUGAGUGUGACGCGGUGCUAGGCCGGGUGUCCAUGGAACUUGAGCAGAUGAUCCAGGAAAAUGCGCAGCUGAAGCACAAGCUGCGUAUGGCAGCCGAGCCUGAAUGA